UUCCAUUUGUGCUAUUCCCUUAUCAGAUUGGUUGUAGACAUCUCCCUAAGUGGAACCCAUCAUUUGAGGAGGGUACAUUACAUUUUCAUAUCUUUAGCUGAAAUUGAAUCGGGCCGACGCCAUUGGCUGCUGCUGCAAUGCAGAGUCUCAUCAACAGAGCAAAUGUCUAUACGGUCUAUCGGAAUAUCAGCACCCACCGCACAUUUCAAUCAUCUUCUGAUACCUAUGCAAAGGCCAUCGACAUGUACGCUCGUGAUCGAGCGUUGUACCGUGGCCGAGCACUGCAUGCCCAUCUGGUCAUCAUUGGGUUGGCUCGGUUGACCUAUUUUGCCGCCAAGCUCAUGUCUUUCUACACCGAGUGCGGGCAAUUAUCUAACGCCCGGAAACUGUUCGAUAAAAUUCCCAAGACGAAUAUUCGUCGUUGGAUUGUCCUGACUGGGGCCUACGCUCGUCGCGGCUUUUAUGAGGAGGCUUUGAGCGCCUUCUCAGAAAUGCAGAAAGAAGGCCUGAGACCGAACCAGUUUGUUCUUCCCAGCAUUCUCAAAGCCUGUGGACAUCUCUCUGAUCGACGAACUGGAGAGAAUAUGCAUACUGUAAUCCUGAAGAAUUCAUUUGAAUCUGACGCUUAUAUCAUCAGUGCAUUGAUUUAUAUGUACUCAAAAUGUGGGCAUGUUGAAAAGGCGUGCCGGGUAUUUGAUUGGAUAGUUGACAAAGAUUUGGUGGUGAUGAAUGCCAUGGUUUCAGGCUAUGCCCAACAUGGAUUUGUGCACGAAGCACUGGACUUGGUGCAGAAAAUGCAACAAGCAGGGGUUAAGCCCAAUGUAGUAUCAUGGAAUACCUUAAUCGCAGGAUUUUCGCAGGUGGGGGACAAAUCAAUGGUCUCUGAAGUUUUUCGUUUGAUGACUGCCAAUGGGGUUGAGCCUGAUGUGGUAUCUUGGACUUCAGUAAUAUCUGGGUUUGUGCAGAACUUCCACAACCAUGAGGGUUUUGAUGCAUUUAAAGAGAUGCUGGAUCAAGGGUUCUGCCCCAGUUCGGUAACCAUCAGUAGUCUGCUGCCUGCUUGUACAAAUGUUGCAAACCUGAGGCGUGGGAAGGAAAUUCAUGGGUAUGCCAUGGUGAUCGGAGUUGAGAAAGAUGUGUAUGUUAGGAGUGCUCUUGUAGACAUGUAUGCAAAAUGUGGUUAUAUAUCAGAAGCAAAGAUCUUAUUUUAUAUGAUGCCGGAGAGGAACAGAGUCACUUGGAAUUCCUUGAUUUUUGGAUAUGCAAAUCAUGGAUACUGCAAUGAAGCAAUUCAGCUUUUUAAUCAGAUGGAGGAGAGUGAUACAAAACUUGAUCACCUGACCUUCACAGCAGUCCUCAAUGCCUGUAGUCAUGCUGGAAUGGUUGAACUUGGAGAAAGUCUGUUCCAGAAGAUGCAAGAAAAAUACCGGAUUGAGCCGAGACUAGAGCAUUAUGCAUGCAUGGUGGAUCUUCUUGGCCGAGCGGGAAAGCUUUCUGAGGCUUAUGAUUUGAUCAAGGCAAUGCCUGUUGAGCCUGAUAAGUUUGUGUGGGGAGCAUUAUUAGGGGCUUGCAGGAAUCAUGGGAACAUAGAACUUGCAGAAGUAGCCGCUGAGCAUCUGUUCGAGCUUGAACCUGAGAGUCCUGGAAGCAGUUUGUUGUUGUCAAAUUUAUAUGCUGAUGCUGGUCGUUGGGGGAAUGCAGCAAAGAUAAAGAAGAUGAUGACGCAAAGAAAGUUCGGUAAAUUUCCAGGGUGCAGUUGGAUAGAGGCUGUCUGAGACAAACAUAGCUUGAGGGUUUCCCAGAAUUCUUGGCGCAGAUCAGAAAUAAGUCAUGAAGCGCCCAGCGGACCAUCCUCAUGCCUCACGCUGGAUGCAUUCAUGUCUCCUCACCACAUUGAAGCUUCCAGUGCUGAACUCCAACUUAUUUUCUAUCCGACAGCUUCUUUGAUGUAAUAGGUUGUUUCUGUUGGGAACAUUUGGAUUUGAGAGCAAUUGAGUGGCAAGAUGGGUUUAGAAGAUCAAGUUGAAUCUGAAUGAAUACAAUGUGCAGCACUCGUGGAAGAUCCUUAAAUCGGAAAAACUUUGUAAAAGUUGAGGUAAGGGGAAAAGUUGGGGAACUUCAAAUUUUGUGGAUGCUUUUAUCAAUCUCAUAAAUGGGAGACUGACAUUCAGCUUA